AUGCCGAGUAUAUCCAACUGUGAAAGCUCGAAUGAACAUCUCAAGGAAAUAAAGAAAUGUAUUGUUUGUUUAAAGACACAUCAAGGCGAAGAAUACAGAAGAAAGGUAAAAUGUUUUUACUGCAAAGCUGCUCAUAACAGUGCGCUAUGUGAAAAAAGAAAUCAACUACAUCAGAGCAAAACUUCAAGUCUUAACAUGAGCCAAACAAAUGAAGAAAUCAGCAAAUCGGAAGAUUGUUCGAUUAACUACAAUCCGACAAUGGUGGCUCAAACGAAUGUGAUAACGAAAAACAAAGUAAAGAAACUCCGCUAUUAUGCAAGGAAAUAA